AUGGCGCUGCAGCCUUUCUCACUCCCUGAAACUCGCUUCUUCAAGGCUGGAUCUGAAAUCUACAAGUUCAAGAUCAGAGGAGGCAGGUCAUGCAGGGGAGCAGCGGCUGCAGAUCUGCUCUACGACUUUCAUCAGGAAAUGGAGGACAUCAUCAGGACUGUGCUGGGUAACCUGGAAACUCUGCAGCCCUUCACCAGCUCACACCUCCAUGUGUACCCCUAUAAAACGCGGUGGGAGAGAGUGUGUGGUGUGCUGUGUGAGGAGGGGGUGAAGGCCUACCCCUACACCCUGCUGCUCUACCUGGAGACCCCCCAGGUCACGGAGCCUGUGAACACCUUCAUAAAGAGGCAGAGGACCGACUCUCCACUAGAGGACGCUCUUCUACAGGAGUUUAAGAAGGACAUGGAGGCUGACAGUGCUGUGUGUGUGUUCAGAUCUGGGGCCGAGCUGCUGAGCUGUGAGGGUUCCCAACAUGGGGACACGGAGGAGGCCCCAGAGUCUGAGGAGGACCCAGAGUCUGAGGAGGACCCAGUGUCUGAGGAGGACCCAGAGGCUGGAGCAGUCCCAUCAGGGAGGCGGGGCGUGCUCUCCACACUGGCCAGGUUUGUGAUGGAGGAGUGUAUCUCGGCCUCUACCACCUACCACCUCUACCGCCUCUACCACAUCCCACCUCGAACACCUCCCUCCUCUACCACCUACCACCUCCCACCUCUGCCGCCUCUACCACCUCUACAACCUCUCCCACCUGUACCGCCUCUACCACAUCCCACCUCUACCACCUCCCUCCUCUACCAUCUCUCACUUCUACCGCUUCUACCACCUCCCACAUCUACCGCCUCUACCACCUCCCACCUCUACCACCUACAACCUCUACCACCUCCCACCUCUACCACCUCCCACCUCUACCGCCUCUACCACCUCUACCACCUCUACCACCUCUACCACCUCUACCACCUCUACCACCUCUACUGCCUCUACCACCUCUACCACCUCUACCACUUCUACCACCUCCCACAUAUACCGCCUCCACCACCUCUACUACCUCUAUCACCUCUCGCCUCUACCAUCUCCCUAGGGACCUGGCCUCACUCAGGACCUGGCCUCUCACGACCUGGCCUCUCAGGACCUGGCCUCACUCAGGACCUGACCUCUCAGGACCUGGCCUCUCAGGACCUGGCAUCACUCAGGACCUGGCCUCUCAGGACCUGGCCUCACUCAGGACCUGACUUCUCAGGACCUGGCCUCUCAGGACCUGGCAUCACUCAGGACCUGGCCUCUCAGGACCUGGCCUCUCAGGACCUGGCCUCACUCAGGACCUGGCCUCUCAGGACCUGGCCUCUCUGUGGUCCAUUUGGGACCAGGGUCUGA